UGUGCGGCGUCAUUUGCUGCAACAGCCAAUGCGCUGGAAUUAGCCGCAGCUGGUCGGCAUCUUUGAUUUAUGCGCGCCUGUGUCCCGUAUUCGGAAGCGCCCACACAAGUACGCGGUACAGUGGACAGAAGAGUCAGGCGACGAGCAACGCGGCACCCACACAGGCGCUGCCAGACGGCACAGGCGCACAGGAAAGAGCGCAGCAGUGCAGAGCGGCUGCAGCCAGCGCCAGACAGAUGACGUUGACGUCCUGCGCAGUCGGCAUCAACUGGAGACCGCUCCCGCAUAGCCAGGCAACACUGUGCCGGCUGCAUGCAACCCCCAAAAAUGUGCAACUGCGUGGGCGUACAGAGUUUGUGCAGCCUGGAAGCGAUUUGGAUUCGAGCUGCUGCCAGGCGAGAUACAUAAAACACACGGAAGGAAACGUAGCUGCAGCUGCAGUCGCAGUCGCCGUCGCAGUAGCAAUCGCAUCCGCAUCUUGGCCUGGGCAGGCUGCAGCCAGGCCAAUCGAAUUUUGAGUGCGCAGUAAAUGAAAUAAUUAUUUUUUUUGCAAGUGCUGUGAAAAAAUACAUCUGCAUGGAGCUCGUGCUGGAGGAUCAUCUAUUCCUGGCCUCCCUCAGCCUGCUGGCCCUGGAAUUCUAUUGCCUGGUCCGUUUGCUGGUCAUCAUCUACCAUAUACUCGACUGCGUUCUGGCCACCAUCAACACUUGGCUACACACCAAUUAGCCAGACGAUAGCAACAACAACUGGGCCACACAAAUAGUAUUAUUAACAAGAACAGCAGCAACAACAACAACAGCGAUCUCCCACGGAAGUGCAGAAUUGUCUGAGAUGGCGGCGGGCAGCAAUCAGAGAACUGGUUGGUCGCAUCGCAUGAAGAGCUUUCAGUCCAAGCAGGCGGACAUUAAUCGUUUGAUAAUGAAGUAUUUGGUGGCAGAGGGCUAUUUGGAUGUGGCGCAGGGAUUCGAGGCGGUGGCCAGGCUGGAAUCGGGCGCACAGGCGGAUCCCGUCGAGUAUCAGGAGCGCAUAAGGAAGGCGGUGCGAACGGCCCAGGUGCAGUACGCCAUUGACAUGGCCAAGAGACUGUACCCAAAGUUGUUUGAGAGCGAGAACUACAUGUACUUCCACAUGCAGCAGCUGCGCCUCAUCGAGCUGAUCCGUGAACGGAAUCUGGAGCGCAACUCCGGCAGCGGCGUCUCCGUUGAAACGGAACCAUCCGCAGAGAGUUCGCUUGGAGACGAUCUCCUGCAACACAGCUGCAGGCAGCAGGUGAGCCAUGAGCUGGAAUCGACCCUGCUCAAGUACGAGCAGACGGCGAGCAUGGAACCGAAAAUGAUGUUCCUCGUCAAGCUGAUACUCUGGGCACAGAGCAGGCUCGACAAAGAUGGCUGUGCCGGGCGCUGUCAGCUGGAUCUCGAGGCCGCCGACUUUGAAGUGGAGCUGAAGCGCGCUUUGCAAAACGAUUAGAAUAUCGUGCAGCAUGCCCAAAGGGCGAAUCCGGUGUCUACUGCUACUAUACAGAUCUAUAAAUCUAUAUUUAUAUAUGUGUACAAAUACAAUUUUUUUUUUUAGAUGUGCUUAAAUACAAUGUUCUAAUAUCUUGAUGUGCAACAGC